CUAUUUUUUGUUUUAAAAAAAACAAAACUAAAUUCUAUUCAAAAACAUGUUUUUGCUUGAAAGGUAAUAAAUAAUAAUCCAGAAUCUGGGACCAAAAUAAGCCAAAAUCUACCCUAAAUCUCCAGACUAUGAAAAAUUAAAGUCAUCUAAUAGCUCUUCAUGUAUUUUUCUUGAAAGUUUCAACUUUCGUAACAUUGGUUUGUGUUUUUUCCAUUUCCCUUUCCUCCCAACACUCCCCAAAUUCCCCUUUUUAGGAAAAGAUAAUCUUUCCAAUUCUUGUUUUGAUUGAAUCCAUUUUUUUUUAUUAUCAAAAUCAAGAUUUGGGUUGUAUAACAAAACAGAAAAAAGUUGUUUUUUUGUUUGUUGGUUUUGAUGGGUGAGUUUAUAGAAGCAAAUGAAAGCGGUUCAGUAGGUGAAGAGGAGAUAAGUUUUUCAGAUAUUGGGGCUGAGGUGUGGUUUAAGGCUGAGAAAGUGACACAAAACAUUCUUAGGAAAGUUCAGCCGAUUGAUGUAUCUGAAAACAGGAGAAGAGCUGUUAUUGAUUAUGUUCAAAGGUUGAUCGGUGGUUCUCUUGCUUGUCAGGUUUUCCCUUACGGUUCUGUCCCAUUAAAGACCUAUCUUCCUGAUGGAGAUAUUGAUUUGACCGCAUUUGGUGGCACAAAUUUUGAGGAUGCUUUGGCUAAUGAUAUGGUAUCUAUACUUAAAGCAGAAGAACAAAAUAAGGCUGCAGAAUUCGUGGUAAAAGAUGUGCAGUUGAUUCGUGCUGAGGUUAAGCUUGUAAAAUGCAUUGUGCAGAACAUAGUUGUUGAUAUUUCCUUGAACCAAAUAGGCGGUCUUUGUACUCUCUGCUUUCUUGAGCAGGUUGAUCGCCUCAUCGGAAAAGAUCAUCUAUUUAAGCGCAGCAUUAUCUUGAUAAAAACUUGGUGCUAUUAUGAAAGCCGGAUUCUCGGUGCUCAUCACGGCUUGGUUUCUACUUAUGCAUUAGAAACUUUGGUUCUGUACAUCUUUCAUUUUUUUCAUGCAACACUAGAUGGUCCCUUAGCAGUUCUAUAUAAAUUUUUGGACUACUUCAGCAAGUUUGAUUGGGAAAACUAUUGUAUCAGUCUAUCUGGGCCUGUUCGCAUAUCCUCUUUACCGGAAUCUGUUGUUGAGAUGCCUGAAAAUGAUGGUGGUGAUUUACUGCUCAGCAAUGAUUUCAUUAGAUAUUGUCUGGAUUUGUUUUCAGUGCCUUCUAAAGGCAGUGAUUUGAAUUCCCGGACAUUGAUGCGAAAGUAUCUUAACAUAAUUGAUCCUCUGAAGGAAAAUAAUAAUCUUGGUCGCAGUGUCAAUCAAGGGAAUUUCUUCCGGAUACGAAGUGCCAUCAAUUAUGGGGCUAAAAAGCUGGGAAGUAUCCUUCUACAAUGCGAAGAUAAUAUUGCGGAGGAACUUUAUAAGUUUUUUCCCAAUACUAUGGAUCGGCAUGAUGGUGGAGAGAGGCCUGAUGUUCAAGAUCUGAGAAACGGCUUCUGUCCUGCAUAUCCUGCUCCAGAUUUUGAACCAUCACAAAUAGAGCAGGGAAAAUCUGAAUUAAAUUUUGCCAGUGAUGGAUCUUCUUGCGGAGAAGAUGGACAUCAGGAAGGCAUUACAGAGGCACAUCAAUCUAUGCUGCUGUUGGAGGCAGAGAGGCAUGGAAAUGGGAGCCUAUUGGGUUACCGUCUUUCUGCUGAUGCAGCAGAUCUUGCCAGCUCCAUUGGGAAUGGCCUUUCAAUAUCUACUAAUAUGCCUGAACUUACUAAUUCAAGUAAGCCUUAUUUUGCACCUCAUCAUUAUUUUGCCAACUCGCCAGCAUGCAAUGAGGAGAUGAAAAAUGAGAUUUCCCAUAUGAAACAGUUUGGCAACUCUGAGAAGAGAGUUUCAUCUGGGUCAUCGCCGCCUACUUCUAUUGCAAAAGCAUAUGGUUGCUCUGGAGGAAAUCAUUUGAACUUGGAUUUGGCUUCAACAAAUGUUGCUGGAAUUCCUUCGAAAGCUUUGUCUGAUCUAAGUGGGGACUAUGACAAUUACUUCAACUAUUUUCAAUAUGGGCGCUGGUGUUAUGAAUAUGCCUUGAAUAUGCCUGCUCUGCCUGUACCUCCAGCACUGCCAUCUCCAUUUCACAUCAAGUACUCAUGGGAAGCUGCUCAGCAGCCGUCAUAUAUGAAAAGGAAUGGGUUUUCUCAUGGGAGCACAAAUGGUGUUAUCCCUAGUCAAGCAUUCUAUACCAUAAAUCCAAUGUUAAUGCAUGGCAUGCCUUAUACCUUGGAAGAGAUGCCAAAGCAACGGGGAACUGGGACAUACUUCCCCAACUUGAAUCGUCUUCCACAAGGUUAUAGGCCGUCAAUGGUGAAGGGUAGACAUCAGGCAGGAUUGAGAUCUCCUCGAACUACUGGUCGGGCGACUUUCACGGAGAUGCACACACAUGAGAGAAGCUUCCAUGAGCAGCCGCAAUCUGAAUCUUCUGCUGAUCAAGGUGAUACCCAUCCUUUAUUUUCCCCUCAUGGGAGAGGACACCGUACCAUGACUGGUCAGGCUUUACCAACUGAGGAAGUGGUUGAGUUUGGUUCUGUUGGUUCUUUGGCAAUGAGCAUUUCCGAAAGUAGGCAACAAAAACCUGUCCCUUCGUCUACUCAACAGUCCAGCCCUGUGCAGAGGUCAAAUUCUGUUUUUAGUAAGAAUCUUGAUAGGGUUACCCUCAAGUCAUCAUACCAUCUAAAAAAUGAAGAUGAUUUCCCUCCUUUGUGAGGGUUCUGGAGAUGCUCCUGCUAUUCUGCUAGAAAGGAAGUAUGAGCCGGGCGUUUCUGCCCCGUGAUCUUCUUCCUACCCCUCUCAAAUACAUGAUGUACCAUUAGUUUUUGCGAUGUGUUAUUUCAUUCAAGGUGUUUGUACAUUAUUAUACUGAUUAAUCCCCAAAGCUGCUAACCUCACAUGAUGUGUUUAUGUGAGUUGCACUUGUAAAUCAUAGAAUUUUUUUUUGAGGCUGUGCUCUUGAUUAUAAGUUGUAGGCUUGUGAUAAGAUGACUUGGGGCUAAGUGCAUCAUUUGUAACAACAGAUAGGGAGUGAAUUCUGAUAUAGGAGUGAGAACAUCCCCUGGUUAUUCUGGUUUUAUAAGAUUUGCUUCUGUAUCAAAAAUCAUGAAGCUUGAAGACA